AAGUCUGUUAUACUUGUGUGGGUUCCAAUUUAAUAUGGAAAGGAUGAAUGCCAUUAUGAUAAUUUUACUGGUGAUUUUAGUGUUUGAAGGUAAUUAUUAUGAAAGAGCGUUUUCCACUACUGUAACAUAUGAUAGCAAGGCACUGGUUAUUGAUGGAACGAGGAGAAUUUUGCAGUCAGGGUCUGUGCAUUAUCCGCGAACCACGCCUGAUGUGUGGCCAGAAAUCAUUAGAAAGGCGAAGGAAGGAGGAUUGGACGUGAUUGAGACUUAUGUCUUUUGGAAUUAUCAUGAGCCUGUCAGAGGAGAGUACUAUUUUGAAGGCAGGUUUGACCUUGUAAGGUUCGUGAAGACAGUUAAGGAUGCUGACCUCUUUGUGCAUCUGAGAAUAGGUCCCUACGCUUGUGCAGAAUGGAACUAUGGGGGAUUCCCAGUCUGGUUGCACUUUAUUCCUGGAAUACAGUUUCGAACCACAAAUGACCUUUUCAAGAAUGAAAUGAAGCAUUUUCUUGCAAAGAUAGUUAACUUGAUGAAGGAUGAGAAUCUGUUUGCAUCACAAGGAGGACCAAUCAUUCUUUCACAGGUUGCUUCUUCUUAUGUACAUGGCAGUCUACUAUGGAAAUUUUCUCACCAAACGCUUAAAAUAUUGCAAGCUGCAGUAAUUUGUGUGGUAGUGACUAUAAUUAUGUUGUUUGAAGGUAAUUAUUAUGAAAGAGCGUUUUCCACUACUGUAACAUAUGAUAGCAAGGCACUGGUUAUUGAUGGAACGAGGAGAAUUUUGCAGUCAGGGUCUGUGCAUUAUCCGCGAACCACGCCUGAUGUGUGGCCAGAAAUCAUUAGAAAGGCGAAGGAAGGAGGAUUGGACGUGAUUGAGACUUAUGUCUUUUGGAAUUAUCAUGAGCCUGUCAGAGGAGAGUACUAUUUUGAAGGCAGGUUUGACCUUGUAAGGUUCGUGAAGACAGUGCAGGAUGCUGACCUCUUUGUGCAUCUGAGAAUAGGUCCCUACGCUUGUGCAGAAUGGAACUACGGAACUGCUAUCAAUCCUUUUCAAGCUUGUUUGAGGUAUUAUGUAGGUUUUAUCAGGCAACUGAAGUGGGGCCACCUGCGUGACCUACAUUUAGCAAUUAAGCAGUGUGAAGAAUAUUUAGUGAAUUCCAAUCCAAUUCAAAUUUCCCUUGGUGUGAAUCUUGAGGCACAUGUGUACUAUAGAUCCUCCAAUGACUGUGCAGCCUUUCUUGCUAAUUAUGGUAGCACUUCGGACGGUACUGUCAAAUUCAAUGGAAAUUCAUACUUCCUUCCUGCAUGGUCUGUCAGCAUUCUUCCUGAUUGUAAGAAUGUUAUAUUCAACACGGCAAAGGUUGCUUCACAAAAAACUAGUGGUGAUGAUGUUUUCACUCACAUUACUAUGCUUGAGUCUUCACUAGCAUCAUCAGCUUGGAGUUGGCAUAAAGAAAAAGUGGGCAUUUGGGGAAAUAACUCAUUUGAGGCAUCGCGUUUACUGGAGCAGAUAAAUACGACAAAAGAUACAACUGAUUUUCUAUGGUACUCAACAAGCAUAAAUGUGGAUGAGAAAAUCAAGCAAAAUCAAACAAAAGAAUUAGGCUUGCUUAUUGGGAGUUUGGGACAUGCAGCUCUUGUUUUUGUAAACAAAAGACUAGUAGGAUUUGGCUAUGGUAAUCAUGAUGAUGCCAGCUUUGUGCUCGCGGAAAAAAUUAGCCUUCACAGUGGAAGUAAUACAUUGGAUGUGCUGAGUAUGAUGAUUGGUUUACAGAAUUAUGGACCAUGGUUUGAUAUCCAAGGGGCAGGAAUAUAUUCCGUUAUACUCACCCAUUUGAAGAAUUCCAAGGAGGAUCUUUCUUCUGCACAGUGGACUUAUCAGGUGGGUCUUGAAGGGGAAUUUAUUGGACUUGAUAACAUAUCUCUUGCAAAUAGUUCAGUAUGGACUCAGGGGAGUGNAAAAAAAUGUUCCUAUUAA